CAGGGUCGUACGCGAUUCUCUCUUGUUUCGUCUUAUACAAGAUUAUAAUAAUCAAAUAUAAACUAUAAAUUAUUUUCAUUUUCAGUGAUUGUUCAAUUUUCUAUUCCAAAAUAACAAUAAUUGUAUUGUGCAUUUUACAGUGAAACAAUGUUUAACUCUCUAACAGUUGAAGGAUAACGUUUUAAGUUGUUGUUUUAGUCCUUCGAUGAGUGUCAAUGUACUCGAUGAAUGCAGAGAUGGAAGAACGCAGUAACAAACAAGAAGGCCAGUCAAUCAUAUCACAAAGAAAACUAAAAAAUCAGAAUUAGAGGUUGUUAUGGAGCGUCGUGAUAUAAUAUUGACUGCAGUUUUUGGAACUUUUGGUGCUAUCAGCAUAUUCGUUGGUCUUUGCUUAGCAGCCUGGCGAUAUCUUCGAGAUAAGAGAUUUAAAGAUCUUAACAGUGACUGUGACAAUGGAAUAGAUAGUGAAAAUAUUGUAAGCGUUGAGGAAUCACAACAGUAUUAUAAAAAAAAUGGACUCCUCAGCUUCAAAACACCACUUAUUACGAGCAAAACUGUUGGAGGAACGAGUAGUCCUGGAAGUAAAUCACCAGUUGCUGGAAGCUGCAGCCCAGGGGGAGGAACAACAAUGAGUAGUGGAAUAAAUAACGCAAAAUCACCAACUGUAGCACAACCUGCUAAGCAGACACACAAUGUUAAAGACAAUUCUCCAAAAGCCUUUUUGCAGAGCCGAUCUGAUUCAUUAGUGGAUAUGUACAUUGACAAUACAGAACCUAGCGAAAAUGUUGGGCAAAUUCAUUUCAGUCUGGAAUAUGAUUAUCAAAAUACCACUCUUAUUUUACGUAUCAUACAGGGCAAAGAUCUGCCUGCAAAAGAUUUAUCUGGUACAUCUGAUCCUUAUGUGAGGGUUACUCUGCUACCUGACAAAAAGCACAGACUCGAGACAAAGAUAAAACGCCGAACUUUAAAUCCUCGAUGGAAUGAAACUCUUUACUUCGAAGGUUUCCCAAUCCAAAAAUUGCAAAGCCGUGUGCUUCAUCUUCAUGUUUUCGACUAUGAUAGAUUUUCAAGGGACGAUUCCAUCGGUGAAAUGUUUUUACCUCUCUGCCAGGUAGAUUUUUCAGACAAACCAUCAUUCUGGAAAGCUUUAAAACCUCCUGCCAAAGACAAAUGUGGGGAACUUCUUUGUUCUCUUUGCUAUCAUCCUAGUAACUCUGUAUUAACACUGACUUUACUCAAGGCGAGAAAUCUGAAAGCAAAAGAUAUAAACGGCAAAUCAGAUCCGUAUGUAAAAGUAUGGCUACAAUUCGGAGAUAAAAGAAUCGAAAAGCGAAAAACACCUAUUUUUAAAUGUACUCUUAAUCCCGUUUUCAACGAAGCAUUUUCGUUCAACGUACCUUGGGAAAAAAUUAGAGAAUGCUCGUUAGAUGUGAUGGUAAUGGAUUUUGAUAAUAUUGGCCGAAACGAACUCAUCGGGCGCAUACAACUUGCAGGUAAAAAUGGAAGCGGUGCAAGUGAAACAAAACAUUGGCAAGACAUGAUUACAAAACCUCGGCAAACAAUAGUUCAAUGGCAUCGGCUCAAACCCGAGUGAUGUUUUUAGAUGCGCGGCCCAUGCUCUUGGAGAUUUCCACAGCACGAUAUUGCAUGAUUUUUCUGCUGCUAUAACUAAGUUGUAAUAUUAGGAUAUGUUGUUGUAUAAUAAUGUGUGAUUCUCAAGUUCUUUUGCAUUCCGUAAAAGUUAAACAUUUAGUUCUGAAGUUGUAAAUAGGUUCACCUAUUAGAAAAAGCAUAGCCAUAUAAAGAACAUAAAACAAAUUAA